AUGUCGAAAAUCACCAAUAUCCCAGCGGGCUUCCAUUUCGUGGCCACAAGGCACGACGACACCUACGAGUUCAUCAACCCCCUCAAAGGAGACGCGACCAACCUGAAGGUCCUGGUGACCGGGGCCAGCAAGGGCAUUGGACGCGCGACAGUCAUCUCGUUCGCAAAGUCCGGCGCAUCGGCCAUCGCCCUGCUGGCGCGGUCGGACCUUGAUGGUGUCGCUCGGGAGGUCAUCGAAGCAGCAAAACAGGCAGGGCGCAAAGUCCCGCCUAAGGUGCUGCAACUGCGAGUCGACACAACCGAUGUGGCGGUCGUGGACAGAGCCGUGAAGACGGUGGAGCAGGAGUUCGGCACGCUGGACGUGGUCAUCAACAACGCCUCGAGAAUGGAGACGUGGAAGCCCAUCCAUGAGACGGACGUCCAGGACUGGUGGUCGACCUGGGAAGUCAACGUCAAGGGCACGUAUCUGGUCAGCCGGGCGACACUGCCGUUGCUCCUGAAAGGGCAGCACAAGACCAUGAUUGUGAUUUCCAGCGCGGGAGGAUUGACCACGUCGUGCGUUUUCCAUGAAGAAGCAUUUUCAGCGAAAGAAGGGGCUGGGGGCAGUGCAUACCAGGGCACCAAGACGGCGCAGAUACGGUUCAAUGACUUCCUCAUGAAGGAAUAUGGAGAGCAAGGUCUCCUGGCUUACGCCGUCCAUCCCGGCGGCGUAAAGACAGAGGUUGGAACCACAAUGCCGGAGCAUAUGCACCACCUUCUGGUCGCCGAGCCAGAACUGCCGGCAGACACACUAGUUUGGCUGACGAGAGAACGCAGAGAAUGGCUGGCUGGACGAUACGUCAACGCACCGUGGGAUAUGGAAGAGCUUUGGAGAAAGAGGGACGAGAUUCUCGAGAAGGAUCUGUUGAAGCUGAAGCUGCAGACUUAA